AUGGAAGUCCAAGUCACCAGCUGGUCCAGUUUGAACCCUCGCUUCUGGGCACCUCAAGGAUUCGGUGUUACCGAUCUCGUGCUGCCGAACACAUCCAUCAAGGGCGUGUAUUUGCGACGCUGUGGCGAACCGAUCUUUCAAGAAGGUCUCUCCACUCCGCUGGAGAUCGACAUCGACAUCUCGCAACCUGAGGGUGUGUUUCCUGGCUAUCUCGUGGAGCACAUGUGCGCAGUGUUCGAUGAGGGUCUUGGUGCCUGGUCGACGGCUGGUGUAUCGGUGAAGUACCUCAUAACCAACAUGUCCACCGAGAUGACGUGUUUGGCCACCAUGAGUUCUGGUCUUUUCGCCGCCUUGUACCGCGUGGUCCGGGAGGAGCCGCCGAACACGACAACUCCUUUGCCGCCACCGCCGGAGGUGGACGAGGGCUUGACGCUAGGAGCUUUGAUUGCCAUCGUGGGAGGAGGCACCGUUUGCCUUUGCGGCUGCAUCGGGUCCCUUUACGUUUGGCACAAGAUCAGAUCGCGGGAGCCUGUGGAGCCUGAGCCCGAAGAGGAGGAAGAGGAAGUUCCGGAGACAGACUCUGAGUCAGAGAUCGCUGAACUUCCUGAUCCGGACCCGGCGCUUACAAAGUUGCGCAUAGCUGCUGAAGCUGGGACUCUCACGGCGCGUGAUAUCUUGGCGAACCACUCCGGACCUAUGGGCAUUCGCAAGGAACUGGUUUGGGCUUUGGAUAAGGGCUAUGAGAAGAAGCGCCGCGAAGCGCAAUCGAAGGUAGAAUGGAAAGAGUGCUUCGACCUCUAUGAUAAGGAUUCUGAUGGCAAGAUCAAGGCAGCAGAGCUAGGAGAUGUGUUGAGAUCCUUGGGCCUAGUGCUCACGCAGAAGGAGGUGCAAGAGCUGAAGGAGGAAGUUGGCAGUGAUCUGGUGACAUGGGAGAAGUUCAAGGCGCUAGCAGCAAAGAAGCCGCGCCAGCCAGAGAAGCAGGCACAGGCGCUGCUGCAGGCCUUCCAGGUCUUUGAUCAGAGCGGCUCUGGGCAAGUGGACAUGAAAGAGUUACGCCACAUUGUGACAAGUCUAGGUGAGAAGCUCACCGCCAAAGAAUUUGAGGAGAUUUGCAAAGCAGCUGACCUGCCUUCUGCGGGCUCUUUGGAAUACAAGAAGGCAGGCUGUUGGCACGUGCACGUCGAGGCUAGGCAAAAGGCCAAACUGAAAACAGCACUGGCUGCACGAGGUGGUGGACAAGGUCGUCAAGACCUGAUGAGUGCCAAAAUUCGGUCCGGUCAAAUGCUUGCUUUACAAGUCAAAAAGAUUGAGAAGAAACGAUUGCUCCUAGUUCGACAGUUUCCGGCAUGGGAGGCAGGGUGA